AUGCGCUCCUGGGUGCAGGUCAUCUGCAGCGAAACAACCCUCUUCGACGCAGUGGCCGCCUUUUCAUACGGUAUAAGGGCCACAACGCUAGAAGAUAAAGAAACACCCAGCCCUGCUAUAUUAUGGCACAAAGCCAGGGCAUUAAAAGGCCUACAAGCCAAAAUAUCCACAGAGGCGCCGGACAAAUUAGCUAUAUGGACUGCGAAUGAAACCAUCCUGGCGACAUUUUAUCUUAUGGAGGGGGCGGCGAGGUUUGGGUAUGAGUCGGAGUUCAGGGCUCAUUGUUUGGGUCUUUUGCAGAUGGUGCAUUUGAGAGCCAAAGCGCAGACGCAGGCUCAAUGUGCAAGUACGAGUCUGGAUGCGGAUUCAACUACAGCUUCCUUGGAAGACCUGCAUGUCAUGCAAGCGGUUGGGCUGGUAGAGGGGACCGAAAUGGCAUCGAAUCUCAGACAUGAAAGUGCUCUAUACGGGUACCAGUCCUCCGUCCACUCACCAACCACUAUCCCCUCAAGCGUCAGCAUGGAGGCAUUAGAGCUGCGAUACCCCCUACCCGGCAAACAAACCAACACAGACAUCCAAUCCCUAAUAGACAACUUACCCCUCGGCUUCCGCGACCUAGCAGAAACAGGAAACAUGAGCGUCGAAGUUCUCCUCCUCCUAAAAGAACAGCUCCGCCUCCAACACUACCACGACAUGGCAGAAGUCGCGGAACGACAGACUGAGUGGAUAAAACACGCUCGCGCUUUAGCGAAUUGGUCCAAUAACCCCGUGGAGGAGCUAGCUUGCCUAGGCAUGGUCGCAUUCUUAUCAUGGGGCACGGCCCAAUUGAAAUUUUUCCCAGAAGCAUCGCUAUUAAACAGGGUGAAGAGUCUGGGCAGGCAGACACAGUUGUUUGAUAAUGCGGGGUUGUUUAUCUGUUGUCGCAAACUACGGGCUUGGGUUGUUCUUGCAACGGCUGAGAAUGCGAUUACGGGAGGUGCGACGUUGAAGAGGCAUGCUAAUGACUUGAUGAGGGAGUUUCUGUUCAAGGAGCCUUUGAUUGAUAAUGAUUGGGGUAAUAUCGAAGACUUGGUUAAACGGUUCUUAUGGAAUCGGAAGACUUUGGCUGCGUGGAAAAGGUACUGGAUGAGCUACUAUCAAGAUGAGAGGGAGGGUUAA